AAUUUGAUACGUUACCCGGAAGUGGAGGGCGCGCCAGGCCGGCUGUGACUGGAUAUGCUUGGUCUGUGGGUCUCUGUACGAGUGGUGCCCUGAGCCUGUAUAUAAUUUAUUUAGUCUUGUUAUUUUAAUUGUUACUGUUUUAUUGUCCUUUUUAUUUAAGGAAAAUAACAUCGUUGCAUGACCUGUUUUUAAUCACAUAUGCUGCUGGAUUCAUGAAUUUAAAACGAUCCCAUAUCCUCAAAAUGGCGUUGUCUAACUUGGAGCAGGGGAGUUCCGAGUCGUUUGCAGUGAAGGCAGUGAAGAUCACUUGUGUGGUGGUCGUGUAUUGGUUCAUAUCGAUCACGAUGAUCUUUCUGAACAAGUACCUAUUGGCCAGCCCGGCUCUGCAACUGGACGCCCCCCUGUUUGUAACUUGUUUCCAGUGUCUGGUGACAGUGGCGCUCUGCUUCGUCCUGAACACAUUGGCCACAUUCUGUCCCAGUCUGGUGGAUUUUCCGUCCGUUACCUUGGACCUCAAGGUUUCUAGGGAAGUUCUCCCGCUCUCCGUGGUCUUUAUCGGGAUGAUCACUUUUAAUAAUCUCUGCCUCAAGUAUGUUGGGGUGGCGUUUUACAACGUUGGACGUUCCUUGACCACCGUCUUCAACGUCCUCUUGUCCUAUGCAAUGCUGAAGCAAACCACUUCACUCCGAGCCAUACUGUGCUGUGGCAUCAUCAUAGGUGGUUUUUGCCUGGGAAUAAAUCAGGAGGGAGUAACUGGCAGUCUGUCGUGGACUGGAGUGAUGUUUGGAGUAAUGGCCAGUUUGUGUGUGUCACUGAACGCCAUUUACACGAAGAAGGUUCUGCCAGCAGUAGACGGAAGUAUCUGGAGACUAACCUACUACAACAAUGUUAACGCUUGCAUCUUGUUUAUUCCAUUAAUUAUCUUCACUGGGGAACUGAAAACCCUGUUCAACUUUGACAAGCUCAGCAGUUACAACUUUUGGGCGAUGAUGAUUUUAGGAGGUGUGUUUGGUUUUGCCAUUGGAUAUGUCACGGGACUACAGAUCAAGUUCACCAGCCCACUGACCCAUAACGUCUCCGGUACCGCCAAGGCCUGUACACAAACGGUCCUGGCCGUGUCCUACUAUGAAGAGGUCAAGACUGCUCUUUGGUGGGCUAGUAACCUGUUGGUCCUGUUUGGUUCCUUUGCCUACACCUGGGUGAAAGGAGUCGAAAUGAGGAAGAUGCAGGAGCACACGUCAAGCAAGAGCUGCGAGAGGAAUGAAGCUCGGGUCUAAAACAAGGGAGUGAUCUGUUAGACUUGAGUGUCGGGAAAGUUUGAGUGGAUAGAGGAUGGAAAUUUCCAAAUAGUUGAAUUUUUGCAACAGCACUCCCCUCUUUCUCUCAUUGUCUCCCCUGCAGACACGAUGGACGGUGCUGGAAUGUUCCUGCACUGCUCCAGCUUCACUUGCCUGCCCACUCAAAUCAGUGGGUCCUCAACAGUAAGGACCAGUACACUCAAGGCACCGUGUUAACACUCCCAACUUCCAUCAGGUCAUUGCUGUCAUGUGAGCCAUGCCAACUUUAAAAGUGUUGCAUUGCUGACUCCUGUUCACAGAUAACAAGCAGAUGCCUUGACAACACUCCUGUUCAGUUUUCCCUAAAAUUCCUUGUGGUUAAUUAAGGUUACGGCAUACAGUAAAUUGGGGGGGGGGGGGAUCUCCCUUGUUCAUGCAGUAUAACCUGGGAGUUGUCUGUCAUUCAUGCGAACAUUGUAAACUAGUUGGGUCUUUUUUGUUCUCGCACUCCCCUUUUUGUGAAGGCCAUGAUAUGCUUCUGUCCCACCCUUGUCUAUGCAAUUGUUGGACUGUGAUUGUGGUAAUUGGGAAAGGUGAUCAAGAGGGAGAUGAUUUUGCCUGUCAUGUCCUCAUUCGGUUAGAAAUUCAUCCUUGGGCAAUGGUGCAAUGUAGUAGAAUGAUGAUUGCAAAUUUCAGUUCUUUGAAUUAUAACCAAAUUCCUGAAUACAAUGCAAGUUUCACCUGCUACUGUUUAGCAGAAGGGGAAGGGAACACAAUUCCAUCUUGUCUUUUGUAACCCUUAAAGAAAAAGGCAUUAUAAUUCUUUUGGGAUAAAGGAGAACUGGAAGGGUUUCUUGUGAAUUUAUCUUGCAAUAAUUUGAUUGCUUAAAACACUUAUGUUUUCACCGAAAGGGUAAACUCAUUGAGUUGGGGGGAAAAAAACUGUUUCUUUAUUGAGGAUUCCAAUACAUUCCAUGCCAUGGUGUAAACCUGUUAAUCAGAAGUUUAAUUGUUUUUUGAUAAUCUGAAAAUAAAACCUUUUACCACA